CCGUGCGCCGGCACGUGUAUCCCUGCGUGUAAACUACAGUUGGGGGGCGAGCAGAAAAUGUCUUGAGAGCAAAUACGAAGCGAAGGCUGUCGAUGCUAGCCGGAUUUACGCUGCCUCUUUGACACUUUCCACGCACCUCAUCCUGGAAUAACAAACCCGCUGUCGUCGUGAAGCGUCUCUAAGGUGGCCGUUAGCACUUGGAGCGACACAUAUCUGAAGAGGCAAGAAGACCAGAUACGGAGUGAAGAGAUUUCUCUUCACCGAGAGCUGUUUUUCUCACUCUCCCUCACAAUCUCUCGUCCCAUCUGUCGGAGCACUUAUGCCAAAGCUGUUUCACGAGCAGAAAACCAUCUCCUGUCUGCAUCACUCCGAGCUCUGACACUUCUUCUCGAGAUAAUUGCUGCUUUUUUUUUGGAGACGCAGACGUUGCUUUUCGGUCAUUUGUGACAUAUUUACAGCCAAAAGCUGCACUCUUUAAAACACCCUCAUCGACGGGCUCCCAGCCCAAACUUCUUUAAUUUCACUUUUUUUUUUUGCAAGAAAAACAAUGAGUUUCUCUUUCAACACACAACAGGCCACUAUGAUUCACCUGUGCAUACUUAGUAAUCCCACUUAAAUCAGAGUUUUUCCUGUUUUCCUGGCUGACACGUGAAUCAAGCUGUAUCAGCCUCAUCCUACUCUAGUAUGAGUUAUGACAACCCUAAAUCAACGCCCAGCAGCAGCACUCGGGGGCGAGUGGCGAGGGCCGGCGAGAAAGACAAUGACCAGGAAGCAGAGUCCGAAGGGUUAAACUCUCCAAAAACCAGCGGCGGUCAGCAAGGUGCCAAUGUCGGCGCUCAGCAGCAACGGAGCGGAUCUGGAGGCGGCUCGUCUCCGAGCGGAGGGUCGGGAUCCGGAAGUUCGUCCGGAGACCGAAGGGGGCCCAACUCGGACGACAUGGACGGACUGUCCAGCGGGAACGACUCGGGCGAGAGGGAGAGCGAAGGCGGCAUGGAGAGGGAGAACAGGUCACAUGGGCGCCAGUCCACGCACAGCUCCCACAGCUCGUCCAACGGCAAGGACUCGGGCAUGAUGCUGGAAACCACAGAGAGCAACAAGAGCUCCAACUCCCAGAGCCUCUCCCCUCCCAGCGGCUCCCUGGCCUACAGCCUGCUGUCUACAAGCUCGGAGCACGACCCCCCCUCCACGUCUGGCUGCAGCAGCGACCAGUCGGCGAGGGUCCAGACCCAGAAAGAGCUCAUGAAGGCCAUCAAGGAGCUGAAGCUGCGUCUACCGACUGAGCGCAAGGCCAAGGGUCACUCCAGCACGUUGAAUGCACUCAAAUACGCACUUCAAUGUGUCAAACAAGUCCGAGCCAACAAGGAGUAUUACCAUCAGUGGAGUGUAGAGGAGUGUCACGGCUGCAGUCUGGACUUGUCCGCCUUCACGAUUGAAGAGCUCGACAACAUCACGUCAGAAUACACCCUGAAAAACACAGACACGUUCUCCAUGGCCGUGUCGUUCCUGUCAGGCAGGGUCGUGUACGUAUCACCCCAAGGUUCGUCCGUGCUCCGCUGUAAGCCCGAGUGUCUCCAGGGGACCGUGUUUUCCGAGCUCUUGGCCCCGCAGGACGUCAGCACCUUCUACAGCGGCACGGCACCCUGCCGCCUGCCACCCUGGGCAUCCUGCAUCGGAUCUGCUUCUCCUCCAGUCGACUGCACUCAAGAGAAGUCCAUGUUCUGUCGAAUCAGUGCCGACCGGACGCAGGGCGGCGAGAUGCGCUACUACCCCUUCCGCCUCACGCCCUACCAGCUCACCAUCACAGACUCGGACGCCGCCGAGCCUCAACCCUGCUGCCUGCUCAUCGCGGAGAGGGUCCACUCUGGAUACGAAGCUCCUCGCAUCCCUCCAGACAAGAGGAUCUUCACCACCAGUCACACGCCCAGCUGCCUCUUCCAGGAAGUAGACGAGAGGGCAGUGCCAUUGUUAGGCUACCUGCCUCAGGACUUGGUGGGAACCCCCACCCUGCUCUACAUCCACCCUGAAGACAGGCCCAUGAUGGUGGCUAUACAUGAGAAGAUCUUUCAGUUUGCAGGGCAGCCGUUUGAAUAUUCACCCCUGAGGAUGUGCGCACGCAACGGGGAAUAUCUGACCAUCGACACCAGCUGGUCUUCUUUCGUCAACCCCUGGAGCCGGAAGGUGGCAUUCAUCGUCGGGCGCCACAAAGUCAGAACGAGCCCUCUAAACGAGGAUGUGUUCACGAUGCCGCCGGGCUGCAAGAGUCGGGUCACCACGCCCGACGUUGUCCAGCUGAGCGAACAGAUCCACCGGGUCCUGGUGCAGCCGGUGCACAGCGGCGGCUCUCAGGGCUACAGCUCGCUCGGGUCCAGCGGCUCGCGGGGCUCACGCCGUUCGCACCAACAGCACCUCAGUGCCUCCGCCACCUCGUCAAGCGACAGCAAUGGCCCUGCGAUGGACAAGGCCGCCGCUGCGGUCGCUUUGCACAAACCGAUGACGUUCCAGCAGAUCUGCAAAGACGUUCACAUGGUCAAAACUAACGGACAGCAGAUGUUUAUCGAAUCCCGUAACCGGCCACCGCCCAGAAAAAACACAAGCACAGGCCCAACAAACAUCAGAGCCGUCACCAGUGACCCAAUCAGAGGUUUGAUAGCUGACCUGACGAAACCACCCAAAGCUUUGGUCCCAGCACCGCUCGUACAGAAGGAGGCGCCUACUGGCUACUCCUACCAGCAGAUCAACUGUCUGGACAGCAUCAUAAGGUACUUGGACAGCUGUAACAUUCCUAACACGGUCAAAAGGAAGUGCGGCUCCUCCUCUUGCACCUCCACGUCCGAUGACGACAAACAGGAGGCCAGUGGCAACAACAAAGGUGGUUCAGUUAGCCUCGUAGGUGAACCACCUUCUCUGCCCCCCCUGACCAUGGCCGCAAAGGCAGAGAGUGUAGCCUCAGUCACGUCCCAGUGUAGCUUCAGCAGCACCAUCGUGCAUGUGGGAGACAAGAAGCCUCCUGAGUCAGACAUCGUCAUGGAGGAGGCUCCUACAACUCCCACCCUCGCUCCCCCUACAACGACUCUAACUCGUCCCACCAGCGGGCUGACGCCACCCGCUACCACAGCCGUCACCCCUCCGCCGCUACCUCCCCCUCCGCCGCCUCCUCUCCCUCAAGCAGCUCAGCCAGAGAGGGACAGCAGGAGAAGUGGAGGUGGAGGAGGCCGGAUGGGUCUGACAAAGGAGGUGCUCUCCGCCCACACCCAGCAGGAGGAGCAGGCGUUCCUCGACCGCUUCAAGGACCUCAGCAAGCUGCGGGUUUUCGAUCAGACGGCGCAGACGACCCUGCGAUGCCAGACCCCAGCUGCCAACCCUCUGUCACGAGGAGUGCGUUGUUCUCGGGAUUACCCAGCCGCAGGAAGCAGCAACGGUCACAGACGUGGUCGUGGCGGUAAGAGACUGAAGCACCAGGAGUCGUCCGACCAGCACAGCUCUCUGGGCCUGAACAGGAGCCGCCAUGACCCCAGAAGCAGUGCACCACCCAUGCCUCUCAACAUGCCUCUUGGCCCACCAACAAACUCCUCCUCCUGGCCGUCCGUAGGCUCCCAGGCCAGCAUUCCCGCCGCCCCGUUCGCUCCUGGCAUGCUUCCGAUCUACCCAGUUUACCCGCCGCUCGCACAGCCUUUCCCCCAGCAGGUCCCGGAUCCGUCACGUUUCCCCCCGACCCAGAUGGUACCACCCAUGAUGGCCCUCGUUCUGCCCAAUUACAUGUUUCCACAGAUGGGGGCGCCUAUCCCUCAACCCGCCCCCACCCCCGGACACUUUUACAACCCGAACUUCACGUACCCCGUCACCAACCCGGCCGCUAUCCCCACUAUGGUUUCCAACCCCUUACCCAUUCCAGGCACCUGCGCCCCGUCUCGUAGCAGCACCCCACAGUCCUACAGUCAGACACCAGCUGACCGCGAGGGCGCAGAGUCCCCCCUCUUUCAGUCCCGAUGCUCCUCACCGCUCAACCUGUUGCAACUGGAGGAAUCACCAAGCAACCGGUUAGAGGUUGCCACGGCGCUGGCGGCAUCACAGCAAGCCACGCCUACCGCGCAGGGCGGCGCGGCAGGCGGACAGAGCUCAGCCAAUCAGGAGAACUCCGAUGAUACCUCCAAGGAGAAUGAGAACGGUGAAACUAACGAGUCCAACCAAGAUGCCAUGUCGACCUCCAGCGACCUGCUGGAUCUGCUGCUGCAGGAAGACUCCCGCUCAGGCACUGGCUCAGCUGCUUCUGGUUCAGGAUCCUCAGGGACGAGGUCCUCUGGUUCAGGCUCUGGCUCCAACGGCUGCAGCUCCUCUGGCACCAGUGGCACUAGCAGCAGCCAGGGCAGCCACACCAGCAAGUACUUCGGCAGCAUCGACUCAUCGGAGAACGACCAUUUACGCAAACAGCCAGCAGGUGGCAGCAGCAGCGCCCGAGGAGACGGCGAGGAGCAGUUCAUCAAGUGCGUCCUGCAGGACCCAAUCUGGCUGCUGAUGGCCAACACUGAUGACAAGGUCAUGAUGACCUAUCAGCUGCCUGUCAGGGACAUGGAGACUGUGCUGCGACAGGACAGUGAGGCCCUGAGGAGCAUGCAGAAACACCAGCCGCGCUUCACCGAGGAUCAGAAGAGGGAGCUGAGCCAGGUUCACCCCUGGAUACGCACAGGACGCCUGCCCCGAGCCAUCAACAUCUCUGGAUGUACCGGCUGCAAGUCUCCUCCCUUCGUGCCUCCCACAGCUCCGUUCGACGUGGAGAUCCACGAGAUGGAACUGUGCAACGUGUUGAAAGGGCAGGAGGAGGGCGCCGACAAGGGGAAGAAAAACCUUUUGGAGACAGCCAUGGAUGAAGCUCAUCCAGAGGAUGAGGACGAAGAAGAGGAGGUUGAAGAGAAAGGAGCCAAAACAGAAGACGGCAACCAAGACAUGCCGGCAGCGGAGGAGGAGGAGGAGGGAGCGACCUCAGAAGCUGUGAGAGAAAAGUCUCACAUGACUCACUAAGAAGGUGGCCAAAGAUAACGGACGCUAUCAUGACCUUUCUACGCUGUUGUGCAGAAAAAAGUGCACCUUCCAGAACUCUGUGCCCAAAAACAUCAUCACACGGGGUGUAACGAUGUUAAAAAUUGGGAUUCGCUGGGACAUCACGGUGCACAUUGAUCAUAACGACUUCCAUUUAUUGUUUGACAGGUCAGGCAGGACACUUGGCCCGGGUAAUUCUUCAUCAAGUUUGAUGACAGCAAACGAGGCAUGUUGAUGUAUGGCUGCAUAUUAAAAUGCCUUGGAAAACACCCAAGACAUCCACACUCAGUUUUAGAGAGUGAGCUAGUACUUUGUUCCCUCAACCUUCACCCGUUCUUGUAGUUCUCUACAUAUUUAUUUAAACUUGUAAGAUAAUCAGAGAGGACUUAAAGGGGAAUGUGUUGCAAAAAGGCGCCUUUAUAUAAAGAUGGAUGUUCCUCACCACAGUGUCCUCCUUGACGUUUUCAUCUCCCCUGUUCAGGAAUCAGCUCGCGAGGAAAAGAAGGGAGUUUAAUCUGUGACUUUUCUUCUUGUUGAAUGUUUCUCUGGGAUCCUGCACCCGCCGAGUUUCUCUCAAAAGACUCAAAUUCUGUUGUUUUGUUUUUUGAUCCGAUUAAAGACAAAGCACCUUUCAUCCAACAGACAAAAUGUACAGUGAGAACUAUGUUUAUUUUGUAAACAUUGUGUAUAUUUUUAUACUUCACUGCAAAUACAGACAGGAUAAAUGCCCAAAAGAGUGUCUGUACUGUACCGUACUGUAAAAAAAGUGUAUGUGAAAAAUCGAGGAUUGAAAAAAAAGAAGAAAAAAAAAAAACAAUCACUUCAGUCUGUGUUUUCUCGUGACAGCAAUCUAGUUGCUUGGAUUGAGCGACGUGGUGGGGCAGCAAUAGAGGUCAACCUGGACUUUUAAAAGGUUUUCCUCUUCUGGGCCUGGGCAUUAGUUCUCAAACAACACACACAGUAUUUCCAUUCCCAGCACCUUAACUGGGCUGGGAAGCCUUCAGCCGAGGGGAGAGCUUUUGUGUUUUCCGGUGUUCAGUGAAUUCGAAAGAAGGUGGACGUAAUUCGACAGACUCGAGAGUUUUGGAGAGUGUUUACUAUCUUUUUUUUCCUCCUCUCUGUCCCUUUCUCUCUCUCUCUUUUCUCUGUGGCACUGUUCUGGUCAUGUGAUCUCCUAUGCUUUAUGGCGUCAGUGGUGUCUGCAACAGUUUCUUAAUAUUUUUGUGAAAUUCUUUGUACAAAAAAAGACAAAUAAAACAACUUGAAAAGCCUUUAAAA